GAAACCACGCCUUGUUGACAUACCAACUUUAUCCGUCACUCAGAUAAGGUUGGUAUGAUGCAUAAAUUCAAAAUGGUGCCCUGUCAUUAAAAGUGUUAACCAAAAAGUAAACAACCUUUAAAUUUCGCUUAAAAUUGAGUGAAAAUCGUUCCUAUUUCGUUAAAAUCCUAACGAUGUCCAACGACACGCUUAAAAACUUCCCCAAUUUAGAGACUCCGGGUUACGUCGGAUUCGCAAAUUUACCCAACCAAGUCCACCGCAAAUCGGUUAAAAAAGGAUUCGAAUUUACCUUAAUGGUCGUCGGAGAAUCCGGGUUGGGUAAAUCCACGUUGGUUAACGCUUUAUUCUUAACCGAUUUAUAUCCGGAGCGAGUUGUCCCCGACGCAAUCGAAAAAAGCAAACAAACGGUUAAAUUAGAACCCUCAACGGUCGAAAUAGAAGAACGAGGGGUUAAAUUACGCCUAACAGUGGUUGAUACCCCCGGAUUUGGAGACGCAAUCGACAACACAGAUUGUUUUACAGAAAUAAUUCGAUACAUCGAUGACCAAUUCGAGCGAUUUUUACGCGAUGAAUCCGGGUUAAAUCGCAAAAACAUCAUGGAUAAUCGUAUCCAUUGUUGUUUUUAUUUCAUUUCUCCAUUUGGGCAUGGUUUAAAACCUUUAGAUAUCGAAUUUAUGAAACAACUCCAUAACAAAGUCAAUAUAGUCCCGGUUAUUGCCAAAGCAGACGUUUUAACACGAAAAGAAAUGCAAAAAUUAAAAAAAACCGUUUUAGACGAAAUCGCCGCAAACGGAAUUCGAAUAUAUUCUUUACCAGAAUGUGAUUCGGACGAAGACGAAGAGUACAAAGAACAAGUUAAACAACUUAAACAAGCCGUACCAUUCGCUGUUUGUGGGGCUAAUACUUUGAUGGAGGUGCGAGGGAGGAAAGUUAGAGGGAGAUUAUAUCCGUGGGGGGUUGUUGAAGUUGAAAAUCCUGAACAUUGUGAUUUUAUUAAGUUGAGAACGAUGCUUAUUACGCAUAUGCAAGAUUUGCAAGAGAUUACUCAACAGGUUCAUUAUGAAAAUUAUCGUUCGGAGAGGUUGGCGAAAGGAAAUGCAGUCCCAAAACGCGCUACGAUUAUUGAAGAGAAAGUUGGUGGAACUGUAAACGAAAAAGACCGUAUUUUGCAGGAGAAAGAGGCAGAAUUAAAAAGAAUGCAAGAGAUGUUGGCUGCAAUGCAAGCUAAAAUGCAACAACACCAAUAAUCGGGGUUAAAAUAAGGAGAAAUAAGAUUAUUAAUGUGCUUUUUUUGCUCAAUUUAAAUUUUUUUUAUUCCUAUGACGAUUUCUGUUUCCUAUUUACUAUUUUUUUGUAUGAUUUUUUUUUAUAUUUCUCAUUUUGAAUCUCCUACCAUCAAAUCAUAUCAUUUUAUUAAUUGAUACAUAUAUGUGGAACAAAUAAAAGUGUUUGAGUAAAAAUAUAAAUGAAAAAAUGAUUUUUAUAUCAUUUUUUAGUUGAUA